UUAUUAACCAAAGCGUUUUAGACCUCAUUCUAUCUUUGAACAUACCCAAGGAAGGUCUGUAAAGAAGAAACAUGGAAAAGAAACUUGUAUGUUUUUUCCUAGCCAUCUUCUUUGUUACACUAGCUAGGUCCAGCCAGGGUCGACCUAUUGCAAGUAACUACUCUACUACCUUCAAUUUGGUCUCCGAUGGAGUCCAAACUCUUCAGCAACCAAAUCUACUUCAUCUCAACCGCUUGUUUUCAUCGGAUACGUGCACGGAGACGUAUGGAUUUCUGCCAUGCACCACCACUGUUCUAGGAAAUGUUUUUCUCAUUCUUGUCUAUAGUUACUUCAUGUUCUUGGGGGCCAAGUUGUUGUCAAAUGGAAGUGAGAUUUUGCUUGAAAUUCUUGGACCUGGGAUCAUUGGUGGGCUCUUCUUGCCUGUUCUGAGCUCUCUUCCUGAUGCAACAAUUAUCCUUGCAUCUGGACUAUCUGGGAGCACAGCAACUGCUCAAAGUCAGGUCUCGGUUGGAAUGGGCUUGCUAGCUGGAUCGACUGUAAUGCUUUUGACAAUUUUGUGGAGCACCUGUCUAGUAGUGGGCAAGUGUGACCUUGAGAAUUCAGUUGCAGUAGAUCAGAAAGAUACAAAAGGAUUUAGCUUAACUGGAUCUGGAGUGAGCACUGAUAUCUGGACUAGCUAUGCUGCUAGAAUCAUGAUUAUAUCUCUUAUCCCAUUCAUACUAGUUCAAAUACCAGAAGUUUUUCAAGCAACUUCUCAAAGUCGCUUAGCCAUUAUGAUUUCGCUUAUUGUCUCCAUUUGUUUAUUGCUUGCUUACAGCCUUUAUCAGAUUUUUCAGCCUUGGAUUCAGAAGAGAAGACUUGCCUAUGCAAAGCAUAAGCAUGUAAUAUCAGGAAUUCUGAGAAAUCUAAAAAUGCUUACACUAGGAAAACUUUUUAAGGAAGAUGGUAAACCAAAUACAGAUGUCAUAGAAAGGUUGUUUAGAACAAUUGAUCAGAAUUCAGACGGAAAGCUAUCAGCAGCGGAGUUGAGAGCUCUGGUAGUAGGAAUUCAGUUUGAGGAGAUAGAUUUAGAUAUUGAAGUUGCAGUUGCACAAGUGAUGGAAGAUUUUGAUAAAUCUCAUGAUUCACAAGUUGAUGUGGAUGAAUUUGUCACCGGAAUUUCAAGAUGGCUUAACCGGGCCAGGCACUUUGCAAAAAGUGGCAAAGGCCAAGAUGACCUAUCUAUAAGACUUCUUAGCAAUUUUCAACAGCAAACAAAGAAAGAACAAUAUCUGUUCGGAGAUCAGAACGAUGAGGUUGUGGAGACAAUUGAAAAUGCAAAGUGGCAUGCCUACAAAGCAGUUUUCAUGUUGCUUUUGGGAACCAUAAUUGCUGCGGUUACUGCAGAUCCCCUAGUGGAUGCUGUUGACAACUUCUCAACUGCAACAAGCAUUCCUUCCUUCUUCGUCUCAUUUGUCAUUCUACCUUUUGCUAGCUCCAGUGAGGUAGUAUCAACUCUUAUUUUUGCAAGCAAGAAAAAGUCAAGAAUGGCAUCCUUGACGUAUUCAGAGAUAUAUGGUUCAGUGACCAUGAGUAACAUCCUUUCACUUGCAGUCUUCUUGGGUCUUGUUUACUUCCGCGACUUGACAUGGGACUUCUCAUCUGAGGUGCUAGUUAUAAUAAUUGUUUGCAUAGUGAUGGGUAUCAUUGCCAGUUUCCGCACCACCUUCCCUCUUUGGAUAUCCCUGGUGGCCUAUGCGCUUUAUCCACUUUCCUUGUUGCUGGUGUAUAUUCUUAACUAUGUUGUUGGAUGGUCAUAGACUCUUUCUACUUUACAAGGUAGCAAAUGGAAGCAUCUAUGCCACACUGCUUUUGGUUAUGUCAAUUAACAGCCAAACUUUAGGUUCUACUCCUCUUGGUGUCACAAGUUCCAUGCACAUUUUUAUUGUUGGAAAAAUCAUUAAAUCAGUUAUUCAAAAUAAAAAGGAUUUCGGUCUAAAAAGGUUCUGCAUAAUGAGCAGGUCCACUAAUGCUAUGUUUUGUAGUAGGAAAAGGUACAUCCAGAAGAUUGUUUUAUAGAAGGUUUUUACUUUUCCCUUUUUCUGUUCAAGGAUUUCAAUGAUACAUUCUUGACAUUUUCUAUCA